AUGUUUGUGUAUCGGACCAUCACGCGUUACAAUGAUACGGGUAGCAUCAAAAAACGCCAUGGAGGUGGACAUCCAACAACAGCAACAUCAUCAGAAAUGGUUCGAAAGGUAAAGGCUAGAAUUGAACGAAAUCCACGACAAAGCACAGUUAAAUUGGCGAAAAGUCUUAAUGUAUCUGCCCGGAGCAUAGGACGCAUAUUGAAAAAUAAACUUCAACUGAAGCCCUACAAAUUACAAAAAGUGCAAGACCUAACACUUGCACAAAAGGCAACUCGUCUAGAAAGAGCUAAGAACUUAAAGCACUUGCACGUUGGUGGCAUGCUUGAAAAUUUGGUAUUUUCCGAUGAAAAAAUUUUUACGGUUCAGCAAGAUGUGAAAAAACAAAAUGAUCGCGUAUGGUUAAAGUGUAAAUCAAAUGACAAUUUAGACCAACGAAUUGCCUUGCGAAAGCAUGCACCAGCAUCUGUGAUGCUCACCUCUCGUUUUCAUUGA